CUCAGCAUCUUCAAAAACUACAUACACGCUCAUACUACCAUAAUCUUCCAUUCUUUUUUCCUCUCGUGUGUGUUAGUCAGAUAAAGAGAGGAGAUGGUAUCCAUUUUUGUAGGAUUUAGUAUAAUUUUAAUAGUGGCUAGUUUUGUUAUUGGAUAUGGUUUGUUGUUAGUGAAGAGGUUAAUCCAAUGGAGGCAAUCUAUCAAAUAUGGAGCAAAGCUUCCCCCUGGUUCUUUGGGAUGGCCAUAUGUUGGAGAAACUCUUGAGCUUUUCUCUCAAAAUCCACAUGAGUUUUUCACCAAUAGGCAAAAAAGGUAUGGGGACAUAUUCAAGACCCACAUCUUAGGGUGUCCAUGCAUCAUGUUAGCAAGUCCGGAGGCCAUAAAAUUUGUGUUGAUGAACAAAGCCAACUUGUUCAAGCCUACCUACCCUAAGAGCAAAGAAAGGUUGAUUGGUUCAAUGGCUAUUUUCUUUCAACAAGGACCGUACCAUGCUCAAAUAAGAAAAUUAGUUCAAGCUUCUCUUUCGUUAGAUUACAUUAAACCUCGAAUCCCCCGGAUCGAAGCCAUUGCCAAAUCUACUUUGGAUUCGUGGGCCGAUGGUCGGGUAGUUCACGUCUUCCACGAGUUGAAGAAGUUUGCUUUCGAUGUAGCAGUACUGUCCAUAUUUGGUGAACUGGACAGUUACUAUACCGAGGAACUGAAGGAGAAUUACUUCACUUUGGACAAGGGUUACAACUCUUUUCCCACAACAUUGAUACCUUGCACUCCUUACUUCAAAUCUCUUAUGGCAAGAAGGAGAUUGGAGCAAAUCAUAAGAGAAAUAAUGAUGGAGAGAAGAGAGAAAAGAUUGGAAACAAAGGACCUUUUUGGAUGCCUAUUGAAUUUCAGUAAUGAAGAUGGGAAGACCUUAAGUGAUGAUCAAAUCAUAGAUAAUGUAAUUGGUGUUCUGUUUGCUGCUCAAGAUACAGCUGCUAGUAUGUUAACAUGGAUUUUGAAGUACAUUACUGAUUAUCACAAUCUUCUUCAGGAUAUACAGAAUGAGCAAAUGGCAAUUUACAAAGCUAAUGACAAUGGAAAACGACCAUUGACAUGGACACAAAUUAGAGAGAUGACAGUCACACACAGGGUGAUAUUGGAAAGCUUGAGGAUGGCCAGCAUUAUAUCAUUUACAUAUCGAGAAGCAGUUGAAGAUGUUGUUUACGAUGGGUACCUAAUUCCUAAAGGGUGGAAAGUACUACCAUUAUUUCGAAACAUCCAUCAUAAUCCUGCUUUUUUUCAAGAUCCACAAACAUUUGAUACUUCCAGAUUUCAGGCAGCUACAACGAAACCUCACACAUUUAUGCCAUUUGGGUAUGGUGCCCAUGCAUGUCCAGGAAAUGAAGUCGCCAAGCUAUUGAUGCUCCUCUUCAUCCAUCAUCUUGUUACCCAAUUCAGGUGGGAAGUAGUGGAAGCUAAAAAGGGUAAGGGUGGUGUUGAAUAUGACCCAUUUCCAAUACCAGAGAAAGGACUCCCAGCUAAGUUCUGGAAAACAUGUACAUCUCAACCAACCCCAACACUUGCGCAUCAAUUAUUGUCAAUUUAUUAGAUUAAAUAAUUUUAGCCGACUUGGCUCAACUAGUUAAUUAAGCUCUUAAAUACGGAUUAUAAUAUGAUUAAUUGGCUCAUUAGAACGUAAUGAGUCGAAUUGAGUAUUUAUAUUAGGAAGUAGUUUUAGGAUUUUAGCUAUUAUUUAGGAACUGAUCGAAUAUUGCCUCAUUUGAUUAAGGUUGCCUUUUUUUAACCUUAUUAUUGCUAUCGCAAUUUCUUACAGAGUAAUAUGUAUAUGCAACUAUACAAACAUUAUGGUAUAAUAUAUGUGUAAAAACAGAGGCUUUAGAAAGCUUUUACAGCAAACUUGUUGCUUUCAUUUUCAUUCUA